GCCGGCCACACCUUCACUCCUCCUCUCCACUCCCACCGCCAUGAACUCCCUCCGCCUCCGAUCAACCCCCUUAACCAAACGCCUUCCACUCCCUCCCUUACUCUCCCACUUCUCCACCACCUCCUGGUCCUCCUUCACUAAACCCAAAACCCCAAACACCCACACCAUCUCCACCCCACGCUUUACUCCGCCCUCCACCAAGCCCACCUUCCCUCGCCCCUCCCAAGUCCCCUUCCAGCCCAAAGUCGCCAACUCCGUCCGCCUCACCGGCCACGUCACCUCCCCGCUUACUGCCCACACUGCCCCCGACGGCGCUUUCUUUGCCUCCACCGUUCUCUCCGCGUCUUCUUCGACCAGGUCUCUCCGGAUUCCGAUUAUUUUCGAGGGGGAUUUGGCUCAUGUUGCGAGUUUGCAUGUGAAAAGUGGGGACUAUGUUUUUGUUUCCGGAGGUUUGAGGUCGGAUUUGAAUCAUAUUAUGGCUGGUGAGGGUGAGGCUCGUUUACAGGUUAAGGUGGAUACGCUCAACUUUGUUGAGGAGUCUUUUCCGAUGAAUAAAAGAUCCAAAGAUGGCAGUGAAGAAAGGAGCUUUGAUCACACUGUGGCAAGUGGAAAGAAUGAUAUGAAUGAAUCAUUGAAGGAUCUCCGUGUGUGGAAAGACAUCCUUGCCAAGCCUCAUGAGUGGUGGCUUGUCAGGUCAAAAGAGGGUUCCCUAAAGGCUGCAGCCUUUGAGUGUAAGAGUAAUGGCGAGUUACGUAUCAUUGAUGAAUCAACUCCUGAUUGGAUCAGGCAUAAGUUAGAUUCAUUGACAUUUGAUCAAAAACCGAUAUCACAUAGUUCUGAAACCAGUUUGAAGGAAGAUGUGGACUCUACGUUAGAUACUUGGAAAGACCUUCUUGACAAUUCAAAACAAUGGGAGGACUACCGUGAUCUAAAGCAUAAUAAAUUGGUGAAGCAAACUUACCCUGAUUUCAAGCGGAAUGAUGGUGGGCAUGCAAUCUGGCUUAACAAGGCACCACGGUGGGUUUUGUCAGAGCUUAAAGGCAAGAAGUUUGAUGUUCCAGUUCUGAAGUCCAACCAAUCAAAUGAGGGUAGAGGUGAUAAAUCCUGGAAGGACUUGGUGGAAAACCCAGAUAAAUGGUGGGACAACAGAUUGGAUAAGCGGAAUGCAAAAGCUCCAGACUUUAAGCACAAAGAAACUAAAGAAGCACUGUGGCUUAGCAGUUCACCGGAAUGGGCGAUCCCCAUGCUGCCACCUUUAAAAACACUGCAAUUGCGACAAACUGAUGAUACGAAUGUGCCUCUUCCUAUAAACAUGCAAGGAUCCGUUAACGGUGUUUGAAAUUUUUUGGCAGCUACUCUAGUGUUUAUAAGCUCAUUCCAACUUCUUACAUCCUCCAUUAGUUCGAUGUUCGAGGUUAGAGAAAUAGAGCAUACAAAACGGAUGGGGAUAGGCAGAGAGAAUCAAAAUGGUAGAGAAGUCCUGUACUCCUAUAUUCUGUUGCUGCAAUACUUAUGAGUAAUGUCUACUGCAAUCUCACAUUUGUGGAUUUCUUGUGAAGUUUGAACAGUUUGUUAGGCUGUAUAUUAAACUAUCAAUGAAAUUUCAAUCAAGUUUGGCU